CUUGUGUCGCCAUCUUGCGUAGUCCAUGGUUGACGGAAGGGAUUUGAUGUUUGGUUUAUCUUCGUUUUAUCAAAAUGUCAGAAACUUACGAUUUUUUGUUCAAGUUUUUGGUCAUUGGAAGUGCAGGCACUGGAAAAUCUUGUAUUCUUCAUCAGUUUAUUGAGAGCAAAUUCAAGCAGGAUUCCAAUCACACAAUUGGUGUAGAGUUUGGCAGCAAAGUUGUAAAUGUGGGAGGUAAAUCUGUGAAGCUUCAGAUAUGGGACACGGCAGGGCAGGAGCGCUUCAGGUCAGUAACUAGAAGCUAUUAUCGUGGAGCUGCUGGUGCUCUGCUGGUCUAUGACAUUACAAGCCGUGACACGUACAAUGCAUUGACUAACUGGUUGGCUGACGCCCGCACCUUAGCCAGUCCAAACAUCGUCAUCAUACUGGUGGGAAACAAGAAAGAUUUGGAGGCAGAAAGAGAAGUAACUUUUCUGGAAGCCAGUCGCUUUGCUCAGGAAAAUGAGUUGAUGUUCCUGGAGACAAGUGCCCUCACGGGAGAAAAUGUAGAGGAGACAUUUUUGAAAUGUGCACGAUCAAUUCUCACAAAAAUAGAAUCAGGUGAAUUGGACCCUGAGCGUAUUGGCUCAGGUAUACAGUAUGGGGACGCAUCUCUCAGACGCCUGCAGCGGAAUCAGACCACAACUCGCCGCCCAGACUGCGCAUGCUGACAUCGUGUUCAGGGUUUGAGUGUAGGCGAAGGCUGGAUGAGGGAGCUGACAGGAUGACAGGCAGAUUCUUCACUGUUCAGUGUGAACUUUGUACAUAAGCGCACAGCAGGUGUGAGCCUUGCUGCUGUAACCUAGCAUUGGUAGGACUGUACUUAUAUUACACAGAGACCCAGGCGCUGGGGGGGAUGGCACCAGUCUCUGCCCAGGGGAAGCUGUACACUGCUGCGGUCAUUUUCAGCAGAAACACUUCUUAAUGCACUGCUUUAACUUUAAGUUAACAUUCCAUUUAUGUAUACCUUUGUGUUGUACCUACUUUUAUUUAUUUUUGAAAGUUCAGACUUGUUCUGACAUGUAGAAGAAAGAAGUUUAGGGCAACUUUUAUAUACUAUACUCCAUUAUCUGAAGGCAGGGUUAAUUUCAUAUGGUUUGCUAUGCAUAGCUUACUGUCGUUUCAUUUGAGCAGGCUCUGUAUCAUGGUUGUAGUCAUGUAUUAAUGGUGACACUAACUCAAAAGUUUAACCUGUGUGAUUAUGAGAAGGAUUCAAGCAGUGAACAGCUGAGCCUGGGUAGCUGUUGGCCUGGGACCCCAGUCUGCUGUGCUAGGCUUUGCAUCUGUCUAUGUACAUAGCUGUAAUAUACCAUCUCAUGUGACAUGUUGUAUUAUAGUAACUGGGCAAACACUUUUUGCAUUAUAAUACAGGCUUGUUACUGGCUUGAUAUACACCAUAGCAAACAUUAUAUUGAUUGUAAUAUAUAUACAUAUAUACCAAGCCUUCGUGGACUUCAUUGUGAUCUAGUUUACUGUUUAAGACUUCGAUUUUUUUUUUCCAUUUCAUGUCUUAACUUUUGUGAGAUUUAUUUGAUGUCAUUGUUUCAAAAACGUCAGACACCUUUUCAUUUUCAGAGAAUAUUGAGCAAGUGAAUUAGUUAUGAUUUGCAUCUUUGUGUUUACAAUGUGAACAGUGCGAUUAACAUUGACGAUAUGACCUUUUAUUGAUUUGAGACAGAUGUUUAUUCUGUGUGGGGGAGGCUAUUUAUUAUACUGCUCAUCUCUUGGGGAAAUGUUGCGGACAAAUUUCUACCUGGGGCUUAUAGCUCGAAACUGCAUUGUUUCCAUUGUAACUGUAGUGUGUCCUAAAAUUUCGUCCGUGUCUAAGAUACUCAUUUCGCUGGAUUCUGAGAGUUCUGUCACCUGUAGAAAGGUCGUCUGAGAAUUUUUUUUUAGAAGGUAGGAUAUCAUACUGGAAAAAUUGUU